GAAAAACAGUGAUUUGAGUUGAAGAGAAGAAGUGAAAUGUUUAAAAUAAGUGAGACAAUAACGUUAAGUGAAGUGUGAGUGAAUUGAAUUCGAUCAAAAUGUUAAGAAAACUUUUUUGGACUGUGCUCCAAGGCUUCGUUUUGCUGCCAACUAUAGCAAUCAAAGAUUCGAACAUAAUAAAUCGCAAGAUGGCCGACGUGCCGCAGUUCGAGAAGCCGAUCGGGAACCAGACCUUCCACAUCGGCAGGGAAGCGGUGCUGGGGUGCUCCAUCGUCAACUUAGGGAAACAUAAGGUCGGCUGGCUCCGAGCUGAAGACCAAACAGUCCUGUCCCUUCACGAGCGAGUGGUGCUCGGCCCGCGGUACUCCGUCAGCCUGGACUCUCCGAGCACCUGGCAGCUGAGGAUCAGGCCUCUGAGGGCAGAGGACCGGGGCUGUUACAUGUGCCAAAUCAACACACAGCCCGUCAUGAAGUGGCAGAUUGGCUGCAUCGAUGUUUAUGUGCCCCCAGACAUCAGCAACGAAGAGACUUCAACGGACGUGUCAGCCCAGGAACUGGACAACGUCACUCUCUCCUGCAAAGCUACCGGCCACCCUCCUCCCAAGAUCACGUGGAGGAGAGAGGACCACGACCAGAUGCUGCUGAAGAAAGUUGGCGGCAGAGACUUUUAUAAAGUGGAGAGCUACGUGGGCAGCUCCCUGCCCCUUUGGCGGGUGGACCGGCGGCAGAUGGGCGCGUUCCUCUGCAUCGCCUCCAACGACGUCCCUCCCGCCGUCAGCAAGCGGAUCAUACUGAAUGUCAAUUUCCCACCUACGGUGAUAGUGCCAAACCAGCUGUUAGGAGCGCCGCUUGGAACCGAUGUGGUGCUAGAAUGCACCGUAGAAGCAUACCCCAACACCAUCAACUACUGGGUCAAGAACCGUGGCGAGAUGCUGCUAGAUGGGCCAAAAUACAUAAUAAGCGAGGAGAGGUCAUCCUACAAGGUGAUGAUGAAGCUGACCAUCAAGCAGUUCUCGAAGCACGACAUCGGGACCUACAACUGUGUCAGCACCAACUCCUUAGGGAAGAGCGAAGGGACCUUAAGGCUUUAUGAAAUAAAGCUGUACCCCAGCUCGCAGUCGGCCGCAGAAGUGAAUGUAGGCGGUCUUACAGAAGGUGCUGUGAAACAGAAGCCAGCUUCAAGUGACUCAAGCGAGGUGUUUUCCAGAACACUCUAUCUUUUAACACUCGUUAUCGUAGCCGUUGUUAAAUUAGAGGUAAUGUAAAUAAAAUUAAAUGUUUCAAAUGAAAGACUGUAUAUAAAUGAAGUCAAUAACGUUACUGUAGUAAUUUGAGGUAAUUUUUCGUGACUGAAUAUAAAGCUUAGUAAUAAAGAAAAAAUGUCGAAAGUCUGAGGCUGAGUUGCACCACCUAACUUUGACCGUAACUAUAUCGAUAACCGGUGUUUUUGGUAUGGAGUUUGACAGAUUGAUGACGUUUGUCAAAGUUAA